AUGCCGUCGACCCCAGCCGGCGGGCGAUCGAGAUUGAACUCUAUUGAGGGAGGCUUCAUGGCCCUGAAUGAGCUUAUAGAAGCAGAGCCCAUGCCGGAGCUUCUGCCGCCGCCCGUCCAAGAGCCCGUUGAACGUGCCCUCACACCUUCCGACAUGGACUAUCGACCACUAGGCACGAUGAAAUUCGGAUCGUUGCGAAUCACGAACGGCGAGGCUAGCCCUCUUCCCAGCCCGGACCUCGAGCCGUCAAUCGAACACCAGGCGAUGGCGGAAAAGCUUGCGAACGAUGAUCUGAAGGGCGAGUUGGAGUAUGGUAACUACGAGGUUGAGAUUACUGUGUCGCCGGCACAGCGUGGUGCUACGCCCAAGGGACUCGGUCCGAUUGAGACGACUUUGCUGGGGGUGGAAUCACCCAGGUUACGAACAGACUCGCCGCUCAGCCCCGAGCUAAAGGUUGCAUCCAAGCACACAGCGAUGGAAGAUCAGCUGUUCGAGGACGAUGUGCAGGUUGAAUAUUCGGCCGAGAUUCUAACCGUCAGAAAUGACCCGAACGCGAAACCGUCUCUUGAGCAACUGCAAGCAGACCAGUCUCAGAAGCAAUACCAGGGUGUCGUCCGCGCUGACAGCGGAGUCGUCACCAGCCCAACGACGGAAUACCAGCCUAACAAGCCGCUGUCCAAGGCUGAUUCCGGCUACAGUUCGAAUGUCUCACUGAGGUCGUUCCAUGCCAAGCCAAAUGCGACCGGAAAAGAUCGACCGGCACGCGUAACCACGGAGCAAUUGGGCGACGAGAAAUCUGUCUCCAACUCAUCGCCCUUGUUUGCUGUUCCAGCAAUCAGCACCAUUAAUAUCGAUCAGGUUGCGAUUGAUGCAGCUGGCUCAGACUCUGCCUCUUCCACUCCUCCGCCUGUGCCACCCAAGAACGAUUCCAUGACUUUGCCAAACACUAACACGAUGACGAUCACCUCUCCGAGACACUUGCAAUUCUUCAACCUGGCUCGUCGGGACCGGAAAACGACUUUCGAUAUGGCCAAGGCCGCGGAAACCGGCCCCACAUCGCCGCAGCCCGCUGAAUCUAGCGCCGCCGAGUCCGAUAAGCCUUCAACUAUGACAAUUGGUAGUGGCUCUCAACGCGCAAGCAAGUUUCAGCGAUUCCUCACCGGCUCGGGUAUGCGAGGACCUCCGGCUGUUCAUGACACCCAUGCCGCCAACGAUGCCGUUCCUACUGUACCUCAGGAUGUCCAGACCAAGCUUGAGGAGCACUCUGGGCGGUUCCCAUUGUCCGCCAGGAGGUUGACUCUUCGGACCCGGGAAAGCAAGGACACCUUGAAGACGAUCUUCAGCGUCGGCAGUAUCGAAAUUGGGCAAUCCGAUGCACCAGACCUGGCGCCUAUUGACAGAAAGAUUGUCGUUAGGAAGCCAGUUCUCCAGGCGAGCGAGGCAUCUGAGGUACCGAAGACACCCAAGACUCCCAAGACUCCCCGUCGUCUGUCGUUCCAGAAUGUUGGCUCUACGAUCGGACAGGCUGCUGCCUCGGUGAUGCCGCGGCGCUCCAUUCAUCGGAAGCCUGUUCCAUCCGCCAGUGCUGAGAAGGCGAAGGAGGAAGAAACCAAGGCCGACGAGAUUCACAGCGGAUUUGAAUCCAGGAUCACUGCCAUUGGCAGUGUGAGCGACAGUGUUGGUAAGAGUUCUUUCGACCAAGCCUUCAUGGCUCUGCCUCAAUCGAGAGAGGCCGAAAGACCCCGCUCAGCUAGUCGCACCUUCACGAUGACAGCGCAGAUGGAGCGCAGUAUGGGAACGCACCUUCGCGCACAAGGCCAGAUGCCCUCGAUGAACGGUGAUGGCGGGCUUGCUCCUUCGCCCCGCAGCCAAACCUUCUCUGAGGCCGAUCUCAGAAGAAAGACGUCGCCUCCUGUCAGCUUGCACACUCGAAGCGGCAAGAGCCUUCGAAAGCCUGCGCCGCUGCGCCCGAAAUCAUCAUCAUCCAGUGAGGGGCAACAGAGACGGCAGAGUUUGUCCAGGCAAACCAGCCGCGAGGCGAUCUACAGUUACCCAGCAGCAUCCCCCGGAGGAAUUGACGAGACACUGGACGUCCCUCCCGUUCCGCCAAUGAGCCCUCGCAGAUACACAAUGCUUGAGCAGGAGUACGCGAUGCGCCGUCAGGCUUCAGAUGACAAGUGGCGUCCCAGCAAUCAAGCUGGUUUGCCCCCUCCCCGUCCCGCCAUGCGGAGCAUGUCUACCAUGUCCCGGGCACCUCCUCCUCGUCAACUCCGCCAUCGGGCAAGUUACGACGGUUACUCUCAGCAGUAUCGAGGACCAGUAGCGCGGGGGCCUCCUCCAAUGAGCCAAUCCGCCAGUCAAAGUGGCGCCUACUACCAGCAGCAGCUUCUGAACAUUGAACAGCAACACUGGGAGCAGGAAGAAGACAUUUCUCCUGACAAUGCGCAGCCCGGUCUACACAGAACCCGCAGCCGCAGUCGCAGUGUGCAUACAAGCGGCAACCCGCCCUAUAGAGUCCUGCACAGCUACAACUCUCCAGCCUACCGCAACGUACCCAUCUGGGGCUGA